AUGGCCGAUAGUCUGCUCACCUUCGUGCAGUGUGUGGCCGGGUUGGUCCUUGCGACGCUUUGCCGCGACUUCAUCGAGGAGGAGCGGAACGAUCCGGAGGUCCGUGGCGAGGUCUUCCGGUACUACGGGACCUUCACUCGGACCAUUCUAUCGAUGUUCGAGAUCAUGUUCGCAAAUUGGGGGCCCCCAUGUCGCGUGCUCGUUGAGAACGUGAGCGAGUGGUUCUCCAUCUUCUUUCUCUCCUACCGCUGUGUCUUGGGCUUCGCGGUACUCAACGUGGUGAACGCGGUUUUUGUACAGCAGACCAUGAAGACCGCCAGCUCCGACGAAGAGCUGGCCUUUCGCCAGAAAGAGAAAGACAUAGCCCUGUACAAUCGGAAAGUCAAGAAGCUCUUUAAGACGAUCGACUCUUCUGGGGACGGCGCUAUCAACCUGCAGGAGUUUUCCAAGCUCGUGAAGUCCCCGAAGCUUCAGUUCUGGAUGAGUCAGCUGGAGUUGGAAUAUCACGACUUGCUAAGUCUGUUCGAAUUCCUGGAUAACGGAGACGGCCAGAUUACGCUCGGUGAAUUCUUGGAAGGAGCCCAGAGAUUACGAGGCGGCGCCAAGGCGAUCGAUGUGUGGAGGAUGGAGACAAAGGUGGAAGUCCUCUUCGAUGCGGUCCUAAGCAUGUUGAAGGAGACCUGCCCUGCAUCCGCGGCGGCCAUUCUUGCUUCCAAGGGCCUUUCGCCGCUCGAGCCGAUCCCUCCGAGCGACUCCCACGACAACUCCGAAGAAAUGGGCGGCAUGAAGACGGAGGAUGUCACGCGAACGUCCACGUCAAACGUGCACGAUGUCUUCAAGCAGUCGGAAUUCCGUCAUAUCAAGCCGACGUCCUUCUUCCAGCUGGAUGUGAAUCUGCCUUGA